AUGUUUUCCUCGCUGUUCGCGUGCGUGGCGCGGGCGUGCGCCAGCGUCGUAGCUGGGACCAAGGCCGUGGUCGACGCCGUCGUGUGCCGCCCCAGCCGCGCCGUAACCUGCUUUAUCGCCGGACUGCCCGUCAUCAGCCACGCGCAAACAGAAUUCGUCAGCCGCGCGUUCGCGCGCCGGCGCAUCCGCCUCGACGACCUGCGCGACAUUGAAAAGGCCAGCCUGCUGGCGCAGUCGCACGACGACUCGCCCGACAACAAAUCGCCGCUGCGCUUCGUCGGCGACGACAACAGCUACUGCGACUCGCCCACCCUGUCGCUCAGCGAGCUCGACGCCACCGACAACCAGUUCGUGGCCGUGCCGCUCAACCCGUCCUGCUCCAGCGCGACGGUACGCUGCAGCCCCGACGGCAACGGCCGGCUUCUAGUGCAGCGCGCCAACAGCCAGACAUGGGACGAGAUCGACGCGUCGCCGUUCCUGCGCCACGACGGCUGCGAGCCCGCGCACCAGACCCACCUCGGCCUGAGCACGGCUGAGCUCGACGCCGUGCUGCACCACCUGUACCUCGCCGACGGGCCGCGCCACGGCUGCGCGCGGGCCAGGCUGCACGCCGCCGACCACGCCGCGGUCCCCGCGCCCACCGCGUUCGCCGCGCACGCGGCGCCGUGCACCGAACCCGCCGGCCAGCCGGUGUACAUGGCGUCGGCGGUGGGCUUUGGCAAGGGCGGCGUGCACCCGUGCAAGGUGUCGCCGCUGCUCGAGGCCACGCUGUGCCGCGUGCCGUGGGGCGGCGACGAGAUUCCGCAUUUUGGCGAGUACGAUCUGCUGCCGUUCGUGCCGGAGCUGAUGGAGUUUGUCGACGCGGCGGCGAGCGAGGGCGAGGCUGCGGGUACGCCGCCGGCUGGUCGCCAGCCUGUGGUCGGUGGCUAUGAGAACGGCCGCUGGCUGUACCAUGCCAUUGCCCAGGUCGACAGCGUCUGGGUCCCGGGCAAGGCGGGGCCGCAGUUUCCCGGCGCCAUGGUGGCGUACGCUGACCGCGAGAACAUGGUCAGCCCCUGCAAGAUCCUCUGUUGGAAGUAG